CGUGAGGACACGUGUUUUCCUCCUUUCCCCGCCCUGCUCCUCCGUAUCCACCCCAAAACCCCCAUCCCACCCGGGACACACACAAAGUUUAGACUAGAGGCAGAGAACUUAAGAGUACGAGCGAGAGGAGAGAGGAGAAAUACAGCAAUUAUAAACAGCAGCGCCGCGGUCUGCUGUGUUAAAUUUGCCUGUUUCUGAUUAAUAAGAGAAACUACAGGAACAGUUGCAGAAGUACAUCUCUGAAACCUUUGAUGACAUCAAACCAGUGAUAAACUUUUGCAACAGAGAGCAGAUAUGGAUCCACCGGAGAAAGAUGGAGUUAAAGAAGCUGAGCGAUAUCAAAGAGCGUGCAGAAAAAAUUGUAAACCGUUUUAGAAAGCAGAAGCUAGAGGAGGAGCUGGGGGAGGUUCUAAACCACACUCAAGAGGGACUCAUGAAUCUUCAGCCCUUCCUGGAUGCCGUGGAAAAUUUAGCAGUCACCUCACUGCAUGUGUUCAAAGAGGAAAAUGUCCAGUUGGAGGGGGUGAGCUCUGCAGCUGUACAAUCAGUGAUCUCCUCUGCCAGAUUCGUCUCUCCACUCCUCAUCCACUUCAAGAGAGAUUCAAGAGCUUUCUUCAUGCCUAACCUCGACAAUAUGGAUUUCCUCAUUUUUGAGCUGGAGAAAUGCACGUGCCUCAUGGAACAGAUCUUCAGAGCAAUAUCCAAGAACAUAUUAGAAGUUAAAGUCAUACAAGACAACAUUUCAUGGAAGUUCAGUUUCACUCUGAGUGGAUCUAUGAUAAGCAUGAUUGACCACUUGAGCAAAAUUAGGAGGGACAAGUCUUUUCAGCUGUCCUUCUUAUUUAAAGAAAAUGCUCAGCGUUUCAUUGAGACCUAUAGUGAAUGUCGUCCUCGGAUGUUGGAGUUCCUGUCAGGUAUAGAGGAGUCUGCAGGUGAGCUGGACAAGAUGAAGAUGGGGUCCAGCAUCUCCACUGUGGCGGGCAGUUCAGUGGGCGCUGCUGGAGGUGUCUUAUCCAUUGUUGGUUUUGGUCUGGCUCCUGUCACUGCAGGAGCAUCUCUGGCCCUCUCCAUGACCGGGGUUGGGUUGGGGGUCACCAGUGGAGUCAACAGCUUAGUCACAGGCAUCACUGAAAUGAAAGUCAACCAACAUCACGAGAGAAAUGCCAACAGAAUCUUUGAGACAUUCAUGGAGGAUGUUCAGAAGAUUCUGGGCUGCAUAGAGCAAGCAGCCAGCUGUAAAGGUCCAGUACUAGAAAAUGAUAAGAUAGCUACGGCAUUUCAAACCGGGAAACUCAUAAACAACGUUAGAAAUGUAGGCAGAUGUAUUGACACCCUUGUGGAUGGAGCCUCAGCUGUGAAGACUCUUAGGAGUGAGGAAGUGAUUAGUACAGCAGUCAAUUUAGGGCUUCAUGAGGCUAGCGCAGGUAACAGCAUCCCUAAACUGGCUGCAGAUCUGCCGGACAUCGGGCAGCUGGCAAAGGGAACUCCUCUGGCUCUUUCAAAAGCAGCCAGAGCUGGAUUUAUUGGUCUGAACGCUCUCUUCAUCGGUCUGGAUGCAUUUUUCAUCUGUAAAGAAAGUGUGAGUCUGGCCAAAGGGGAGAAAAGUGAACAAUCUCAGAUUCUCAGAUCCAGAUCGUCUCUGUGGUGCACAGAGAUGAUCGGGUGGGAUAAGAUCCUUGAAUGUCUGUGGAAAGGAAAAGAUUCAUUCACAGAGAACCUAAACAUUCUAGAUCAUCCACUUAAUGUUUGAAUACGAUCAGAACAUGCCUAUACAUUUUAAACCCCGAAAGAAUAUUGAGUAAAAAUGAAUGAACUUUAUUUCUUCCCAUCCAAAGAAAUGUUUAUUUGUUGUUAAUGUAAUUUACUUACUUUAAUGUUGGGUAGGAAGUGCUUUUAAAAUGUGUUUUAAACAAUGAUUUGCAAAUUUUUUAUUGUUAAAAUGAAUAAACUUUAUUUUUUUUCCCGCAAAUAUUCACUCACUUUGAAUUUGAUGUGACACAAACCCUGGAGAUAUCAGCCAAUAGCAUUCGCUGAGGAAGGUGACCCUGACCCCGCCCCUAAACUGUCAAAACCACCCCUUCCUACACUGAAGCGCAAAAACUUUCACUUGAGCAAAAAGCCAGAAAGGGAGAAAACUGAAGCUUGAGAGCGAUAUUUUGUUCAGCAUGCACACAAUUAAAUUUUUUGCUCACAACUUUCAUAUUUGAGCUUGUAAAAGUAUAAGUAAAUUAAAACACGCAAGUUAAUUUUUUUUACCUGGUAUUUUUACACCUCCGACAUUAAUGUGACACCAUACAACAUGUUCCAAAGAAGUAGGGACAGGGGCAACGAAAGACU